AUGCUCUUCACGCCCGUCAUCGCAUUGGCCGGCCUUGCCGCCGCCGCCCCCCAGGGCAUCGUCUACAGGCGCGCCACCAAUGAUACCGUGCCUGCGGGCUUCAAAUUCUCUCGCUCAACCCAGAUCGUCAACGACACCGCGCCAGCGGACAUCAAGCUCUCCCGCUCGACUCUGAACGGCAACUACACCGCGCCGGCGGGCGUUAAGCUCGUCUCUCGCUCGGCCCAAAACUUCAACACCACCUACACCCCGGGUCUCUCCGUCACCCCUUCAUCAUGA